GCCGCGGAGCAGCGGCCCAGCAUGGCCCAGCGCCGGGAGCCGCUGGAGCGGGAGCUGCUGGCGCUCGGGUGGUACCAUGACAAUCUCACCCGGCACGCAGCAGAAGCGCUGCUGCUCUCCAACGGGCAGGACGGGAGCUAUCUUCUGAGGAAGAGCAAUGAAAGGGAAGAUCUGUACUCCCUCUCUGUAAGGGGUAAAGACUCUGUGAAACACUUCCAUGUUGAGCACACAGGAACUUCAUUCAAAUUUGGAUUUAAUGAAUUUUCUAGCUUGAAAGAAUUGGUCAUGCACUUUGCAAACCAGCCUUUAAUUGGAAGUGAAACAGGAACUUUAAUUGUGUUGAAGCAUCCCUACCCACGGCAAGUGGAGGAACCCUCCAUUUAUGAGUCUGUCCGAGUUCACACUGCAAUGCAGACAGGGAGGACAGAAAGUGACCUUGUCCCAAGUGCUCCCUCACUCGGUACCAAAGAAGGAUAUUUGAUAAAACAAGGCAAAAUAGUCAAGAACUGGAAAACAAGGUGGUUUACACUGCAUAGGAAUGAACUGAAGUACUUCAAAGACCAGACAGCUACGGAACCAAUUCGAGCACUUGACUUAACUGAAUGCUCAGCUGUGCAAUUUGACUAUUCCCAGGAAAGAGUCAAUUGUUUCUGUUUAGUGUUCCCACUAAGGACAUACUACCUGUGUGCAAAAACGGGGAUAGAAGCUGAUGAGUGGAUUAAAAUCCUGCGGUGGAAGCUGUCGCAGAUACGGAAGCAGCUGGAGGAGCGCAGCGCCACCCUCAGUUCCUAGCGCUGUGCCAGCGCUCCUGCUGCGCGGGCAGGAAUUGCCUCUCCCCAAGGGAAGGAAGGCAUUGCUUACCAGAGCGCAGCCUCAGGUCUGCAGUGCUGUCUGUGCCCCUCACAGCGCUGCACACACGGGAUCCUGCAGCUCCGGCUGCUCUGGGGCUGCCGAGUCACGCGUGGGGAUGGUUGCAGAGCCAGAGUGUGGGUUUGGUGUAUGCCUGUAAUGCACUUAAUUCAAACUCCUGCCACCUAAUCACAGAAAUGGGCACUGUUGAAAACUUUUGGGGUUAUUCAGAGCACUCAUUAAUUUAUUACAAGCUGCAUCACAACUAAGCACUGGUAUCAUAUUCUGUAACCUUGAACCUUUUAUUUAAAAUAGGUCCUUUCUGGAAACAUUAAAUAUCUUUUUAUUACCUGUUUAGGCUUUAAACCAAAAGAAAAAUGACAGAAUUACAUUUUGUAAAUAGUACCUAUAUUGCAAUCCAGAAAGUAGUAUUUCAAGGGCCUUUUCAAAGUGACAGAUGUCAAACAAACUUUUAUAUGGUUUAGCUUUAUUCCACAGUGAUGGCUACAAGGGAAUGUUUGUUUCAAACAGCACCUGUAGGUAAUGGUGAGCAGCAUCAUGUAAGCACACCUGUAUACAAACCAGGGUUCUGAGAAACCAUAGGACACACAUUUAACAGCGCUGUGGCUCACUAGAGAGACAAGAAGUGAAACCCCAUGAUGUUGGUGCUGUACUCUAAAUAGGUGUUACAUUUUGGAAGCAAAGUUUGACUGGAGAGGCUCAAGACCAGACUGACCCAGCUGCAAGAUCCCCUGAGCAAUUCUGUGCCUCCCCGAGGGCUGGCAAAGAGAGGGGACCCUCUCUCCCUGCAUAGCAAUCAAAUUUGUGCUGAAACAGCAUCUGCAAACCUCUCCUGCUGUGCAACACUGCAGUCUGUGUUUGGUAUUGAUCAUGCAGAAGGUGUUUGAUAAUUGCCUUUGCUGGGAGAAGAGUGCAGAAGAGGAAGGCAAAAGCACAUUGGAAGAAGAAAGAAAAUCUAAAUUAGGACAUAUAAAUAGCAUUUUAUUUCAACUUAGAAAUUCAAAGUAUUUGUAAAUAUUUUUAUACAGACUGUUUUCUGAAUAAAAUGUCAUUAUAAAUCUACCACAGGUCUUUUAUAUUCCUGCACUGUAUUGCUAAAGCUUUGUCCUCCUUUUUCCCUUAAUGAAGCUUUAACAAACUUGCAUCUCCCAUUUAGUUAAAAACCUUGGCUGAGUUUCUGUGAGAGAGAGGCUGCAUAAAGGGAAGAGAGAGAUUAUAUUCUCCAACAGGAUCAGUGUCCUGUGAACAUGGAAAUGGAGCUUGUGGGGAAACCACAAACAUUGCCUUCCCUUUUUCAGAGCAACAGGCUGCCUCACAAAACACUGGGCACAAGCUCAGCACAGUGUCACGAACUGAAGCCAGUGAAAGAAACAGCACUUGGGUGGCCUUGGAAGCCGUCACAGACAGAUGGGUUGAACAGAAGCAAACAGCAAGGGGAGGCCUUUGCUGGAACACAAACACAUUUUGCCAGAAAUACACACACCUUCCAGCUGCUUCUGUAAUGACCAGCAACCAAAGUCCCAUUCCAGCUUAGUUUAAAUGGAAAAGGGUUGACUGACAAGCUGUAAUCUCUUUUUGAGACAAGAACUCCCAGCUGUCAUUUCCAGCACCACUGUUUCCCCCCAUCCUGCCUGAUGCACCACAGGUCAGUGAGGUGUGAGCAAGGGCCAUGGCAUCCCCUUUCCCAGCCUGGCACACAGACCUGCCCAGAGCUGUCCCCAGACCUGCAGUGCCUGGCAGCUGUCAUAAGGGGACGUGGGAGGGAACAAGGGAUGGGGCUAAGAACACAGGCUUGACCCCCAGCAACAGGAUCUCUGCUCUGCCCUGGGACUUGGUAUCCUUACUGCCCAACUGAGAGACACACUGGUUAGUUUGCAGUGUAUAAUUCAUGGAGUUUGGACAUUUACAAACAAUUAAGAGACCUGUUCUCUCUAGAGAUAAGCAGAUGUGCUGUGGGGUUAUUACAGUGCAACAGAAGAGUGGACCAGGCUCUGUCAUUUAAAAAUAUUGUAUUUUAUUUAUAUUUAUUUACUUAAGAAAACCUAAGGGUAAAUAAGCUGAGAGUGUCACCAGUGAUGAACCCACACAAAGACUAUGAGACAUGAGAUCUUCACAACCAUAUUACACAAAAAACCCCAUGAAGAAGUGAGACAUUGUUUGGGUGCUUUUAGCUAGGCAUCAUGAAAAUCCCUACAGCAAUAGCUUCCAUAGAAACAGCUUUCUUCCUAGUGGAAGCAGGAUGCAGCUAGCAUCCAGAUUAGUAGCACUCCCUUGCCAAAGUGCCCCCCGUGUAAGGAAGCUGGGACAUUGAUUGUACCGACACAUCACUGCUAUCACACUUGCUCUCACAAUGCCUCCAAGCACGUCUCUGCUCACUCCCUCCAGCUGAUGUGCCUUCCCACAGGCAGU